AUGGUUGAGUGUCCGCCGAACUUUGGGAUGGCGACCAGUAAGAUCUACCGAUCGUCAUUCCCGCGGCCGGAACACUUUGAAUUUCUUAGAACGCUCGGUCUCAAAAGCAUUCUAGUUCUGAUACCUGAACCCUAUCCGGCGGAGAAUCUCGCGUUUUGCGAGGAAAACGGAAUUGAGCUGUUCCAUGUGCCUCUCUCGGGAAAUAAGGAGCCGUUUGUACAUAUGGACCCGGACGUAAUUGCCGAGGCUCUGAGAAUAGCAAGCGAUCCGCCAAACUGGCCUAUUUUGAUUCACUGUAACCAGGGUAAGCACCGCACUGGUUGUGUGGUUGGCUGUUUCCGCAGAAUGCAGCGCUGGUCGCUGUCUCUUAUUUUCGAGGAAUACCGUCGGUACUCGUACCCCAAAAUCCGUCCGCUGGAUCAGCUUAUGAUCGAGCGUUUCGACCCUGCUCUAGUUCGCGGGGAGCUGCUAAAGACGGACUUUGACGAGUGGGUGGAGGCACUGUGGGCUUGA